GAUUGCAGUUCAUUCCUAGCUCAGAAAGCAAUGCUUUGAGCCACAACUGUCACAACUCCAGCUGGUGUGCAGAGGAGCCAGGUUGAUGCCGCCCAUCAAAGUUGUCUCUUGGACCUCAGAGCCAGGUGAAGGGCCGAGAGAGGACAUGGAAGCCAAUGGAACACAACCAGCACAGGAGGAAAGAUUUUGAAAUCUACAGGCCGCGAUGGGCCUCUUGGAACAUUGGUGUGUUCAUCUGCAUUCGAUGUGCUGGAAUCCACAGGAAUCUGGGGGUGCACAUAUCCAGGGUAAAGUCAGUUAACCUCGACCAGUGGACUCAAGAACAGAUUCAGUGCAUGCAAGAGAUGGGAAAUGGAAAGGCAAACCGACUUUAUGAAGCCUAUCUUCCUGAGACCUUUCGGCGACCUCAGAUAGACCCAGCUGUCGAAGGAUUUAUUCGAGACAAAUAUGAGAAGAAGAAAUACAUGGACCGAAGUCUGGACAUCAAUGCCUUUAGGAAAGAAAAAGAUGACAAGUGGAAAAGAGGGAGCGAACCAGUUCCAGAAAAAAAGUUGGAACCUGUUGUUUUCGAGAAGGUGAAAAUGCCACAGAAAAAAGAAGACCCACAGCUACCUCGGAAAAGCUCCCCGAAAUCCACAGCACCUGUCAUGGAUUUGUUGGGCCUUGAUGCUCCUGUGUCCUGCUCCAUUGCAAAUAGUAAGACCGGCAAUACCCUAGAGAAGGAUUUAGAUCUCUUGGCCUCUGUUCCAUCCCCUUCUUCUUCAGGUUCCAGAAAGGUUGUAGGUUCCAUGCCAACUGCAGGGAGUGCUGGCUCUGUUCCUGAAAACCUGAACCUGUUUCCGGAGCCAGGGAGCAAAUCAGAAGAAAUAGGCAAGAAACAGCUCUCUAAAGACUCCAUUCUUUCACUAUAUGGAUCCCAGACGCCUCAAAUGCCUACUCAAGCAAUGUUCAUGGCUCCCGCUCAGAUGGCAUAUCCCACAGCCUACCCCAGCUUCCCCGGGGUUACACCUCCUAACAGCAUAAUGGGGAGCAUGAUGCCUCCACCAGUAGGCAUGGUAGCUCAGCCAGGAGCUUCUGGGAUGGUUGCCCCCAUGGCCAUGCCUGCAGGCUAUAUGGGUGGCAUGCAGGCAUCAAUGAUGGGUGUGCCGAAUGGAAUGAUGACCACCCAGCAGGCUGGCUACAUGGCAGGCAUGGCAGCUAUGCCCCAGACUGUGUAUGGGGUCCAGCCAGCUCAGCAGCUGCAGUGGAACCUUACUCAGAUGACCCAGCAGAUGGCUGGGAUGAACUUCUAUGGAGCCAAUGGCAUGAUGAACUAUGGACAGUCAAUGAGCGGCGGAAGUGGACAGGCAGCAAAUCAGACUCUCAGUCCUCAGAUGUGGAAAUAAAAACAAAACACCUGUAUGGCUGCCAUUCUCUUCAGCCCUCGCUCUCCCCUUUCCACAGCCUCCACCCCUGACGCCCAUCCUCUUUUCCUACCUCUCUGUUUGGUUUAGAAAUUGCUCAAUAAGUCAUUUGGGGUUUGGCAUCCUGCCCAGCCACUUCCCAAACAUGAAGACCUCUCUGUUGCUUUAUGUUGUACAUGCCCCAUAGCCAUCCCAACGUCCUCCCCAGUCCUCUCCUGGCACCAGCACCUUAGAAGUUGUUGGCAGAAGGCACUUAAACUGUGGGAGAAACGUGCACACCUUUGAGUACCUUCCCUCAAGGUUAAAGCUCCUGUCAGACUCUCAGAAGGGUCUGUAGGUGUUGUGUAUUAGGCAAACGGGAAAGCGUAGAGGUCCUUCUAUAUAUGUUAAUAAGCUGUUUCUAAGUGUUUAAAUUUGAAGGGGAAGCAUCAUGUUCUCAUGAUUUAUGGGAAUGAAGCAAGUACUGAAAUCAAACUAAAUACUCCCUGGGCCCUGGGUCAGUUUGACCCUAGCCCUGUGUUGAGGCAAGCCCCCUCCUAUGAGGAUGAGCAAAAAUUCUACUCUCUUCACCCUGAGUUGCUUUCCGGGUCUGGGGCUUCAGGACUUGCUGCUUCAGUCAGCCUUUAUUAGCACCAAAGACUUUAUGAAGAUCCCACACACGGACACACAUCCCUUGCUGCCUCCCACCUGCCUUCAGUAGGAUCUGGCUCCGUGGCUGGAGGACAAACCCCUAGAGUGGGAAUGCAGAGCUUAACGUGUACUGCUUGUGUGUGCACGUGAGAGUGUGUGUAUGUGUGUGUGUGUGUGUAUGUGUGUUCCGCCUCCUAUCCUCUCCCCAUCUGCUCUGGGUAUUUUUGUUUUUGUUUAGUUUUAGGUUUACAACAGAGAGGAGUUAAUUUAUCAGCAGCCUAAAACUGUUGUGUUUUUCUUACAGUUUAAAAAAUGCCAUGUCAUUGAUAACUCCCUUUCUCCCUUCCCUUCUCCCAGUCUGCUGAUGACUCUUUCAUGCCUGUGUAUCCGGGUGCUCUGUUUCCCCACCGUUCCCAGGUGUACGAGGCAGAGGCCGGGACAGCUUUCCUCUCAGUCAUUGUUCACCCCACUUGAAAAUUCAGACAAGAAAACUUUGCUUAAAAGAUUUCAUGUGUGGGAACUACAGUUCCUGGCUGCCUUUCUCCUGUGUAUGUGUAAAUUCCUUAAUAAAUAUUGCAGGGAAGGAC